AUUUGCAACUGUUGGUUGCUUUUGAUAGGACGAAAGAAAAAGAAACGAUAAAUGUGGAACUGAUAGUGGAAAACAAAAAAAUGAGUUCAUUGGCUAUGACCCUUGUUUCGAGAUCUGGUUAUUUUGUUCAUCUCCCGCCGCUGCCGCUGCAUUUCCAAGCAAAAAGAAGUAGCCGCCGAGUACUUAAGGCGGCGUUGCCGUUGUCGGAGAAGAUGAGGAGUGGUGGUGGGUCGGCGCCAGAGUCGAAGCUGAUGGAAUUUCCGCAUCUGACAGCUGCGCAUAGAGAUCUGAUGGUAGAUCUAAUCCAAGCCGUUGAAAACGGGUUGGGAGAGCAUCUUUUACCGUCGACGGUUCCUCCAGAUGUAGAGUAUUAUGAGAAUCAAAGCGGCACGUCACAGGGCACUCUUCUCAUUCGAUCUGCCCUUCAAUCUUCUCCCAUUGAUUUUAUGAUAGCAAGUUGGCUGCACUUAAAGCAACCACAGGGAGGCGCAUUCAACAUAACCAAUAUAGCAGGCUACAUGAAACCCUCAAACAACAUUCCUCAUUUCCAAUUCGAGUUGGUUCAAUGCAGCCCUACUUUUCUCAUCUUCUUUCUUGAUUUACUUCCUCGAACCGAUAUUGUUCUCCAUCCUGACUACCUUGUCACCUACUACGAGGAGACCGAGCUUGAGAAGCACCGACAACAACUCGCUGCCUUGCCAGUAGUGAGCCCUUACUUCUCGUCAUCGCUCUACUUUCGUAAAGUCAUUUCGUCAACAGCAAUUUUGGUGAGUGUUAAGUGCGAAGAGAGCGAAUCUGAGCGCGUAGAAGAGAUUAUUCGGGAAGAGAUCGGUCCGAUCUCAAAGGAGGUAAUGAAGAUAUGGAUUGAAUUGUGGUUGAAUGGAGGAAGAGAUAUUGAAGAAGAUGAAAGGAGUUUGAUGGAGAAGAGAGACCUUAUGAUUAAGAAGAAGGCUAUUGAGAUGGAUCUAAGCAAAACCAUGCCUUUGCAAUUUGGAGAAGAAGUUGCAAAUAGAGUUCUUCGAGUUAUUAGAAGUGCUUUCAAAAUCGCUUGAUAUUUAAUUAUCUUUUCCAUCAUCUUAUCUAUACAUUUAUGUUUUUCAUAUCUUAUAAACUUUAUAAAUAAUAGUCACUAGAACUUUUAAGAUAUACAACCA